AUGGAAAAGCCAAUUUACAGAACGAAAGACGAGGGGUUGGCGCAAAUUUUCUCAUCGAAGGUGCUUCCUAGGCUACGAAGACUCGAGUUUUUUGGGAUUAUAAUGGCUGCUAUCGUACUUUUAGCUGUAAUAUUAGGUGUACUUGCGCUAACUGUAUUUCGCUUCAAAGUUCCUGACAUUAAGUUACGUGCAGUAACCAUCGACAAUUACAGUAAUUUGUCCGGGACACUAACUCGCUUCAACUUGACGAUAAGGGAAGAAAUUGUGCUUAAGAAUCAAAAUUUGGGGGAAUUCAAAUACGAUAAAAGUGAGGCAAUCUUAUCUUAUGGAGGUAAAACUAUUGGAGAAGAGGAGAUUUCAAGCGGGUGCAUUGAGUUGAGAUACACAAAGUUGGUUGUUGUGUUGAUAGAACCUAAGUUUGAAGGUUUAGGGAGUAAUCAAAAUUUGGGUGGUGGCACCAAUUCUGGGAUUUUGACAUUUAACAGCUACAUUAAGUUGAGUGGAAAGGUGAAUUUGAUGAUGAUAAGUAUUAAGAAAAGGACUAGAGAGAUGAAUUGCACUUUGAAGAUUAGUUUAGUUAGGCAAGCAAUCCAAGACUACUACUGCCACUGA